CCCUCCCCUCGGCUUGCGGGGCGGGCUCGGACGCGCGGCCUCUGCUCAGCGGGCGCAUUGUGGACGCCGGGCCCGCCGCCGUGGUCGCCGCCACCUCCGCCUGCGCGCCAGGACGCACGGGGUCGCCCCCACCUGCCCUCGUCCCGCGCCCCUCCCCCACGCCGGCGGCGCGCCCCCGUGCCCGCGGGCACGCGCGGCGGCGCUCGGGCGUGUGCGAGGCGUGAGGUGGAGAUGGGGGCGGAGGGAGCCGGAGCUGUCACAGGCCCCGCGUCCGCCUGAGCGAGCCAAGUGGGGUGUCAUGGCCGCGGGGGGCAGCGGCUGCACUUCCUCUGCUGGCAGCGGCGGCUGGGGAGUUAGUCCUCGACGCACGGGUCGGUCCCGUUUCCCUCUGUGCAGCGGCCGGCGGGACCAUAAGGGCUUAACUCACAUAUUUAACCCCCCUCCAAAAAGAUUUGAAAGUAUUCUUGAAGGGCUGUUUGGACCUGCGUUAUUAAAAGAUCUCAGUUUGUUUAAAGAGUGUGAACCUGAAAGCAUUUCUGAUUGGGCUUUUGAUGAAAAUUGUCUGUUCUGUUGCUUGAGAAGAGAUAAAGUAAAGGGACAUUUAGUCGGUCUGGAUGAGCCAGCUUCCGGAGCUGGGCAAGAAGCUUUGCUUAAACAAGAGCACGCAAAAGUCACUCGACUCCAGAGGCAAGCAGAAGAGUUCCUCAAUGCAGUCUUUUAUAGAAAAGACAGCCCCUGGGUCUCCGACCCCAAUAUUCCCUUAGUGGCCCGUGAGAUCAUGCAGCGAAUGAUCCAACAAUUUGCUGCUGAAUAUACCUCAAAAAAUAGCUCUACUCAGGACCCCAGCCAGCCCAAUAGCACAAAGAACCAAAGCCUGCCGAAAGCAUCUCCAGUCACCACCUCUCCCACGGCUGCAACUCCUCAGAACCCCGUGCUCAGCAAACUGCUCAUGGCUGACCAAGACUCACCUCUGGACCUUACUGUCAGAAAGUCUCAGUCAGAACCUAGCGAACAAGACGGUGUACUUGAUUUAUCUACUAAGAAAAGUCCAUGUGCUAGCAGCACUUCCCUGAGCCAUUCUCCAGGCUGCUCCAGUACUCAAGGGAACGGAGAGGAUUCAGCAGAGGCACCCGUAGCUGAUUCUAACCAUCCGUCAAAGUCCCCGCUGGAGAAGUUUAUGGUCAAGCUGUGCACCCAUCAUCAGAAGCAAUUCAUCCGUGUCCUGAGUGACCUGUACACCGAGUCUCAGCCAGGCUCUGAGGACCUGCAGCCUUUGGGACCCUCAGUGAUGGAUGUCUCUGCUCGAGAUUCGGAUUGUGCCGGCCUGGGCAGCAGAGACGAUGAAAAGGAUGAUGCGUGUCUUGAUGGGGGUUCUCCUGCUUCCGUAAAGUUGUUCUUAGACUCAUCGGGGUCUCCUAGCUCCCUGAAUGUGACUGAAGAAACCAUGAAGGACCCACCUCCUGAAACAGACUCUGUAGAUGGGAGAGAGAAUGCCUUGAGCACUGUCCAGAAAGAUUCCUCCGGCCCUCCAGAUGCCCAACAGAACCCCACAGGUUCUGCAGACAGUCCCACUGUGGGAUGCCUCAGUACAUUGGAUUCUUCCUCUUUUAACUCCCCCCACAGUUCUAAAAGCUUAGAGGGGCAAACCACUGGCCAGGAGCAAGACACAGACAUGAAACCCCGUGAGGAUGCUGAAGACAGUGCCCCAGCAUCAGUCCAAAGUCUGGCUGCAGUGGAGCUGGUGGCUGAGAACACUGAAGAGGGUGGUAGCUGUAUUGUUUCUCAAAGAAACUCAUUCAAAGCUUUAUCAGAAGAGACAUGGGACUCAGGGUUUAUGGGAAACUCGUCCAGUGCUGCAGACAAAGAGAAUGCUUUACAGUGUGGCUCAAGAACAUCCUCACCCCAGGAUUUAGAGACAGAUGAGCAAGAUGCAAGGCCAAAGCAAGAGAACCAUCUUCACUCAGUAGGUAGAAACAAGGCGGGUUUCCAGCCAUACCCCAGAGACAAGGGCCAUUUUGAUCAUUCCAAAGGUGGUUGGUUAGCUCCCAGCCCCACGCCAGCUGUACACAGAGCAUCCAAUGGCCACUCACAAACCAAGAUGAUAUCGGCCUCCAUCAAGACUGCUCGGAAAAGUAAGAGGGCGUCAGGGUUGAGGAUAAAUGAUUAUGACAACCAGUGUGAUGUCGUUUAUAUCAGUCAACCAAUAACAGAAUGCCACUUUGAGAAUCAAAGAUCCAUAUUAUCUUCGCGGAAAACAGCCCGAAAGAGUACCCGGGGAUACUUUUUCAAUGGUGAUUGCUGUGAGCUGCCAACUGUUCGCACGCUGGCCAGGAAUUUAUGCUCCCAAGAAAAAGGAAGCUGCUCACCGUUAACAUCAGAGGCAGUGGUGACUCCCAAGCAGACUCUUACAGGUCCCACCUCAAAGCACACAGUAGGUGUGCAGCUUCCCACAGUAGGUGUGCAACUUCCUCCAGGAGGUGUGCAGCUUCCCACAGGAGGUGCACAGCUUCCUACAGUGGAUGCCCAGCUUCCCACAGGAGGUGUACAACUUCCUACAGCAGAUGUCCAGCUUCCCACAGUAGGCAUACAACUUGCUACAGCAGAUGAGCAGCUUCCCACAGUAGGUGCACAGCUUCCUACAGCAGAUGAGCAGCUUCCCACAGUAGGUGCACAGCUUGCUACAGCAGAUGAGCAGCUUCCCACAGUAGGUGCACAGCUUCCUACAGCAGAUGAGCAGCUUCCCACAGUAGGUGCACAGCUUCCUACAGCAGAUGAGCAGCUUCCCACAGUAGGUGCACAGCUUCCUACAGCAGAUGAACAGCUUCCCACAGUAGGUGCACAGCUUGCUACAGCAGAUGAGCAGCUUCCCACAGUAGGUGCACAGCUUCCUGCAGCAGAUGAGCAGCUUCCCUCAGUAGGUGCACAACUUCCUACAGCAGAUGAGCAGCUUCCCUCAGUAGGUGCACAACUUCCUACAGCCGAUGUCCAGCUUCCCUCAGUGAAUGCACAACUUCCUACAGCCGAUGUCCAGCUUCCCUCAGUGAAUGCACAACUUCCUACAGUGGAUGUCCAGCUUCCCUCAGUGAAUGCACAAUUUCCUACAGUCGAUGUCCAGCUUCCCUCAGUGAAUGCACAAUUUCCUACAGCCGAUGUCCAGCUUCCCUCAGUGAAUGCACAACUUCCUACAGUCGAUGUCCAGCUUCCCUCAGUGAAUGCACAACUUCCUACAGUGGAUGUCCAGCUUCCCUCAGUGGAUGUGCAAAUUCCCACAGUUGAUAUGCAGCUUCCCAUAGCAGGUGAGCAGCUUCUGAAAGAAGAUACCCGUGACGAUCCUAGGAAAGAAAGAACCUCCCUCGAGGAGGGGGACAAAGACACAUCAUCAGCGAAAGAACAUCAGGAGCCAGAGGUUUGCCUCACCAAGAAUGAGCGGGAUCCUAGCGUCUCCCCUAGGCCAGGAGAGACCACACCCUCCAGCCCAGCAUGUCUUCUGCCUGCUGCCCUCACUAAUGAGGAUCCGUCUGAGAUGCCAGAAGGCAGCACUGUGGUCUCAUCCCCAACAGCAAGUGUACUAUCUUUCCAUGAGCAAGACCAGCCACCAGCAGCCUCCCUGCUAGGACCAGAGGAGAUGCAGGCACAGGAGUGCCACCUGGUUCUGACAGGUGGAAGCAUCCCCCUCACCUCUGGGGAGGGCAGUGAAGACCUCCCAUGGAGACCUCAGUUUUCUCCCGAAACAGCCGUCAGAGAGGGGCGUUCUCCAUGCUCAGCGGAUAAAAGUCCUGCUAUGGCUUUAGAUCCUCCCCUGAGUCUAGAACUGUCUGAGCAUGACCAAAGCAGCAGCACUGAGGCUGAGGCCAGAGACACCCCUGGGGAGACACUGUUGCUAGAUGGCUCCCUGCCCCUACUGGAGAGCAGCAUUGUCACUGAUGAGAAGAACCCAAGCCAGACGGAAGGAGGUGAGGUGGCAAGUGGAACAGGACACCUGGAGGCACAUGACGAGGAUAUAAAAUACUCAGCAGAAAAUGAUCCGAGUGAGCCAAACUCUGGCUCACCCGAAGAGAAUGUGGACAAGAAGAAAAAGGCUAAAAAGCUCCCCGAGGCCUCUGACAGGUGCCUGAGAAGUCAGCUUGUAGAUUCUUCCUCUGCUGACAGGUACCCAGGGAGCCAGGGUUUGGAUUCAAAUGCUGCUUGUUCUGAAGUCAACGUUUCUAAAAAUCAUGCUGUAAAGCAUUCUAAAAGAGAAGGGGACUGUGGUGGGGUGACAUCUGAGGGCUCAGUGAUUGACAGCAACCAUACAGACAGCCUGGAGGACACUGAAAACCCUGGUGUCAGUGAACAUUCCUCUGAUGAAGAGACCAAGCAGGAGGCUGAAGGACUUGGUGUCAUUACAAGGCAGACUGUUAAAAACCUGUUGGCAAAGGAAGUUAAAAGGGAAGAGGGAGGAACUUCCCCAAGCAGUGACCCAGCCACUGUUAGCCAGCCAUCUCCUCAGGACAACCUGGGAACCCGUGUGUGGUCCAAGAUAGAUGAGAAAGAUGCUCACGUGCCCUCGGACAGCAUUCCUUGCAAGAGAGACCCAGAGCAGGUGAAAGAGAACCCGGGACAUAUUGUCAUACAGGACACGGAGGCCGCUGUGAGGGAGGUAGACGCUGAGGAUACCCACCAUGAAGAUGGUGCCGGCCGUGCUCCAUGUAGCUCAGCUGCGAUAUCGGCCAGUCAGAGUGGCGAUGCUGCUGGGCCACCGAAAUUGGUAAGAAGGCCUAAGAGACUGCCUUCCUCAACCUACAACCUGAGGCCUGCUCAUUGUGUGGGUGCCUUGGACACUGCAAAAAUGACUUCAGAGAAGCAAGUUACACAAGUAAACCCAGCGCCAAAGGAAAGUGGAGCUUCUCCGAGUGCAGAGUCCUUAGACGAGGAAGAUUCAGACACGGUGGCAGAGGAGCAACCCAAGUUUGUGGGUUGGUGUGCAGAGGAGGAGAACCAGGAGCUGAUCGCCAGCUUCAACGCUCAGUACCUGAGAGUUCAGAAGGGCUGGAUCCAGCUGGAGAAAGAAACUCAGCCGACAUCGAGAGCCAGGAGCAAGUCUGACAAGCUGAAGGAGAUUUGGAAGAGCAAGAAGAGGUCACGGAAAUGUAGGGGUUCAUUGGAGGUGCAAAAGUUCUCUCCCGUUCAGAUGCUGUUUAUGACAAACUUUAAGCUGUCUAACAUCUGUAAGUGGUUCUUAGAGACAACAGAAACUCGGUCUCUGGUCAUUGUGAAGAAACUAAAUACUCGUCUUCCUGGAGACAUCCCCCUUGUUAAACACCCUCUUCAGAAGUACCCUCCUUCCACCAUGUACCCUAGUUCACUGCAGGCAGAACGCUUGAAAAAACACUUAAAGAAAUUCCCAGGAGCCAUUCCUGCUAGGAAUAAUUGGAAAACCCAGAAGCUGUGGGCUAAACUACGAGAGAAUCCUGAGCAGGUAGAGCCAGACGCUGGCAGUGACAUCAGCCUUGGCCCUAACAGUGAAGACAGUGUGGAGGAAGUCAGGGAAAGCAGACAUAGUCAUCCUCCCACCAACUUGCCUACUCCAGCCAGCACCCGGAUCCUUAGAAAGUAUUCCAAUAUACGAGGAAAGCUCAGAGCACAGCGCCUAGACAGCUCAGUGGGUGGGGCUUCUGAAAUUAAGCAGGGACGUAAGAGUGUGUGCAUCAACCCGUUAAUGUCCCCCAAGCUCGCCCUCCAGGUGGGUGCAGAUGGGUUUCCUGUCAACCCCAAGAGGGCUGAAAGAAGCAAGGGGAGAAGAGGGAAGCAGAUGCCAGAAACCUUGCUUAAAGUGGAAGGUCAGAACAAGCGCAAAAGAGCAGAAGGCUCCGGUACUCAAGACGGUAAGGACAAGGGGCCGGCAACAAAAGCCAGCAGAGUCCUUUCUGCUGCAAAGAAGCUAGCUGCAAAGGACAGAGUCAACCAACUAUCCAAGAAAAUGACCUUGAAAGAGAACAAAGUGAGAGUCUGUAGGAAGGGUCCUGGGAAGAGCUGCCCAGCAUCCAGGAAAGAAAAGGAAAAUGCAAACAGAAGACCCGGCCAUCCCACAGCAGCCUCUGCAGCGCUCGCAAAGCCUUCAAAACAAAGGGGCGCAAGAGAAGCCUCUUCAAAGCCCCCAAAAGCCAGGAGGAGAAACCGGAAGCUGAGCAGUGGGAGGGGCCGAGCCAGACCCUUGGCAAAAAGCCCAGAGAACCGGACUGCCCCCAGAAAAAGAAAGCUCAAGGCCAAACUGGACUCUUCCCAGGGCAAACGGAGGCGGUUAGAAGCCAAGUGAAACCUGGAUAGCCACUGAAGAACGGGCCCAUGAAAGCAAACUUUCAUUUUGCAUUAACAGAAUCUGUUUUUAUAAGCUUGUCAAGCCUUUCUCGUUGUAGUUACAGGAUACGCCAGUUUGAGAUGUCAGAGAAUGCUUCUUAGCUGGAGAAGGGAACGUGUAGAGUUCUUCUCUGGGGCUAAGAGAAGUUGUACGUUAUUUUCUGGUUGUUCCUUGGGUUUUAAACUUGGAACCAAGCAGUUUUUGUUUUAAGAAGUACAGUGCCUUAUUUAUCCUUUUUUGUUUAAAAAUUUACAAAAGCUAAGAAGCUGAUGUAUGUGACUAAAGGCUUGUAUUUUAUACUUGACGCACAAGCACUUGUUCUGUCACUGAGGAGGCCGCCGCCACACAUGCGGGAGGCAGUGAGCGAGGAGCCGUCAGCAGCUGCCCGUGCGCCCCUGGACAGGUGCACCUUGCAGCCCGCAGCACAACUCCCUCUCUGUCUUGUUUGGUUUUUAUUUGAUUGAUAUUUGAAAGCUGAACCAAAUCAUUUCUAUCGUAUGUGGAGAAUGCAGGGGAUUUAUAAUUAUUAUAAAAGAUUAAUAUUUCUGUUACUUUUCUUCCAAAACACAUAUUGUUGAUCACCCCUUCAUCUUUUUAUUUUUUAAAUCAUUUCAGAUCAUGUUCUCAAAUUUGUGUGCCCAUGAGACAAAGAUGUGCUACAGUUUCUUUUGUUGUUGUUUUUUGUUAUGUUUUUGUUUUGUUUUAUUUUUUUCUUUUUGCCCCAAAAUAUGUUACUACUAUCAUGCCUGUCAUUUGACCAUUAGGAUGAGCGACUCUUGUUUUCUUUCUUACACAAAGUAUUUCCCUGCGCAGCGGAAGUCGAGAUGUUCUUUCUGGCAGUGGAAAAGCUUAGCCGUGUGCAUAUAUGCAUCUUACAUGCUUGUGGUUGCUACCCGCAAGUGUCUUCUGUACUGGUUUCACAGAAAAGCUCCUCCUUCCCCAGGCAGUGUAUCUGUGAGCUGAGCAGUUAGCAGUGGCUGGAGUGUUUGGAAGUGAUUCCGAGUCUCCGUGCGCAUCUCUAAUCCCGGCUCCAGACUUGGGAGAGGUGUUGUGAGCAGUGGCUUGGAAAGACUAGACACACAGUCAGCUGAAGCUGCCCAGAGUCUUAGUGCAGCCACAUCCCCACCCUCAGAUGAGUGGAGUUCAGUGGGACUCUCGGAUGUGAAUGUCUUUGCCUGGAAUAGGUGUCUACUCAAAUUGACAGUUCCGUUCUUGUGGCUAAACACUUGCAGAGUCACCCCUCCCCCACAAUGUGUCAUUCUGUCCCUUGGCUCAGAAGUGAGACCCGCAAUAAUUGAAAGUGAUGUUUGCCUUUUCUUGGAGCCUGGCGUGGCCCCAUUGGCUUUCCUCGGUGCCUACAACAUUGCUCCAUUUCAGCAGUGUGCACUUGACAUUCCCACCGGGCCAGUCAGCAAGCCCGGGGUUGCUAAAGCCUGUCGGCUUUGACGUGCUCUGUCACCGAAAUAGGCUCGAGUGUGCAGCUGCUGCCCUGCUCUCAUUACUAAAAGUUUCUGUGUAGUUUGCUUCCGAUCUUUUUAGAUCAACCCAGGUGGGCUUUUAUAUGCAAAUCAUGAUAAAACAGGCCUUCUACCUAUUUUACUAUUGUUAAAGGUUUGCUGCAGAUAAUGGAAACUUCUGAUAAUUUGUUAGGACUGGAGCAUUUGAUUCAUGAGAAGUUGAGAAUUGUGUUGAAUUUUCACAGAUAAUGGAAGUCAUCAUUUUCUUUUUUCUUUUUUUAACGUCACCUCUGUCCCACGAGCCUCCUCCUUCCCUCUCCCUUUCCCCAUUUCCCGUUUUAUUAUUGUUAUUAUUGUUGUUAUUAUUAUCUUUGACCUUGACCAUUCACAAGCUACCUAUCGUGGUGAGACUGCCGAGUGCUGGCAACUCUUUCUCAGCAUUAGGUCGCACGUAAGCAUUACUCUGAUUUGAAUAGGUUCAUUUAAUCCUAAAAAAUGGUUUUAAGGCUUAAAAGAACUUUUGCUCUAGUUUUCACUGGAUAUUGUUGUGGUGACUUAAACGGCUAAGGCUCACUAAUGUCAGGUGUGCCGAUGCCCAUAUAUAUGAGGUGCCCUUGGCUACCUGGAGAUUCCCUCGUAAGGUGCUUGGGUUAGGUUAGGGCGAGGAGUGAGUGGUAAGUUGGUGGGAUGCUUCCAGUUCCAAGUUUAUAAUUCAUUCCAUUACUUUUCUGAUGGUGGUUUUUGGUUUUAAAAGUUCUCUUUAAGAUAUGCUGCAUUUGAGCGAGGUGUGUGGAAGUGUUUAUUAUAUAGCCACCUAACAAUGACAUAAGCAUCUUGAAAAUCAACUUAUACUUGAUACUAGUAACUCCAUUUAAACAGACAGACAGUCUACCAAAUUUGCACCGUCAGGUUAAGUAAUCUCAUUUUUGCUGAUCCUGGUUAAUUUUGUUAAUAGAAGAAAGGACACAAAAGCAAAGCCUGACAGUGGCUCUAGGCCUUUCCACACCCAGAGCAUGCUGGGAAAUCAGCCCCUCAGCAUCUCCAGGUUUGGCCUUGACUCCAGCCUCUUUGUUUUCCUGCCUUCCUGUAGCCAUUUUCAAGUGUGACUUGACACCAUAUGUAAUGCACUCUGUCCCACAGUUUUGAUACUAAAUCUGAAAGGCAUUCUGCUCCUGGCCCUCCCCACACUCAACAAAGUGGCUGUCAAAGGCUGGCGCUGAAGUCGAUGCCAGAGGACUGGUUCCCUCUGUUCAGUAGCUGGAAGAUGCCCCAGGAGGUAUCAGAGAAGCUUCUUUGGGAGAUUCACUUUCUUUCUCACUGGGCUCCCUGGGAUGGAGGUUUGGAGUUUUAUUCUGGUAUUUCCUCGGCUCUGUUACAGUGUUGCAGUGCACUGGGAAGGCCCUAAACCUCUUUCUGUUCUGGGAACUUCCUGUAUAGGAAUGUUACCUGAGUCUUGAUCUACAGUUGCUAGUCCCUGGGAUUCCCUGGGUCUUGCUGGGUUUGUUUUUUGUUUGGGAGGGGGGUUUUUGAUUGAAGAUUUUACACUGUCCUCUCUAAACCACAGCUGAGCUGUGGGGUUUGCGCCUCAUCAUUCUGUAAUGGCUUAGAGAGAAGAGUUAUGCAUCCCUUUCCCCAGGGGCCCAGUACAUCACAUAGCACAGGUCGAUUUCCCACCAUGCACCUUGCAGUAAUCAGCAAGCAUCACUUCAAGACAGAUGCUGUAAACCAAGAUGUGGCCUAUCGAGGGCACGGCUGCUGUUCAUAGAUCAGUAGACUUAAGAGUCCCAUAGGAAAUGACAUCGUGCUACAUGGUGCAAACCAGAGAUGCUUCGGUGUGGCAACCAACAAGUCUGUGCUUGUCAAAAUACCAGAAACAGACUGAAUAAUCCAAGAAGCUGCCUAGUAGCUAGGGAGCCACCUUCAUCCCUGUGGCUUCAGAUCAGCCAGUUCAGGCCUCCUCUUAGCUUAGAUGAGCAGUCACAGACGUGCAGUGGGCUGGCCUCCCCUGUGUAUACAUUUUGUUGGCACAUAACCAUGCCCUUUUGCUCACUGACUGUCCACGACAUAGACUAAAUACUUGGAGAAGUGGCCAUGAAGCCCACAAAGCCUAAAAUAACUGAAUUUGCUGACUCCUGCUUGAGAAAAUAACCUCUUUUAGGGGUGGUUCUCCAUUCCUCUUCUGUCCUAUGCACAUACUUUGUGCUCUUGACUGUAAGAGACCAAGUAAGCUCUGAAGAAGUUCAUCUCCUUUUAAAUCCUUCGCCCAGCCUGUAGACAAGAACCCCUGAGCAAGGUGUCUUUGGAUUUCUAAAAUUCUGUGGCCUGGCCCCUGUGCUCCCAUAGUUUAUAAUCCUAGAACUGCCUCUGGCUUUUUGCUAAAAUAAGCCAAGACUGUCUCUGAUGAGGUCAGCCGAGGGAGCUUCUGGUGAGCAUUUGGUUGAGGGAAAAUUGCAUAGCAUGGAAACAAAGGUCUAGUGACAACCAAAGCGCUUUUUAUAGCGUGUUACCAUUGAUCUGUUUUCAGACGUACUCUCAGAUUGACUGCCGUGUCAAAAACUUUAACAAGGGGGAACCUUGUCUCCUCAUUGGUGGGCAGUGCUGCAGACUUGAACUCUGGGCCUGAUGUAAGCGAGGCAGACAUUCAUUCUACCACGGAGCUAUGUGCCCAGAUUAUUUUGAAUUCUUGCCUAGCGUUCUAUAUCUUCUAAUGGCUGGCUAUCUGCCGAGAUGUUGGAACGCCUGAAGUAUGAAGUCUCUAUACCCAAAGAGGUCCUCGGGGCCACACAGCAGGUACUUCUACCUGCGUGCGUCCUUCAAGGGAAAGAUCUUUUUUAACACUUAAACAUGGCAGAACUAGGGAACUAGCCUUUUGAGACUGCUUUCAAAAUAAUUCAACUCUUGAAAAUUCUGAAGACUCCUGUCAUGUACAAGGGAUGCAUUGCUGAGCUAGUCACCUUGUAGCACCCCACUGUUCUGCACCCAAGGGACCACUGAUGACAGUGUGCAAAGGCUAUGGCUUGCCUUUGUCUUUGGGUUUGAGCCAGUGGCGGUCAAUUCCUUGCUUUACCUUCUCCCCACCCAGUUGUCCUUUUCCAGGCUCUCAGUGUGUUGACCUCAGCCCAUCACACAGCCUGCCGAUGGGCACAGGCACGUGACAAGAGACUCUGAACCUUUCACACCCGAUAGGCCUGUUUGAUAGGGGUGCACUUACAAGCCCCCUGAAAGUGUAGACCACCUGCCUGAAACAGCGCCCCAUUGCCCAUCGUGUGAGAUUGCACCAGAGUGGUUUUUCACUGUUUGAAAUGGAGAAGCAGAAAUAACAGAACCACUAACAGACAAUGGUCCACACUGCCUAGAAUACUUAACUGCCUGACCUUUCAGGUCAGUGUACUGAUCUUUGCAAAAGCCAUUAUGAAAUUGUGUGAGCAGUUAGGCACACUUUAUUUUUCUUCACAUAGGCCAGCAUUGCAACAGUCCUUAUGGGUUUGUGGCAUCUUACACGUCUGUCUCAGCAUACAGUAGCCGUUGUACAUCAGUGUUUGUAAAGAAGAAAAGAUUGUCUUUGCCCAUUAGACACUCGCUGAGGAGUUGUAGAUAGAAUGUAUCAGCUAGGGUGUAGUUUAAAGUGUAGUUUUGUAAACUGAGGAUGCAAUCAGUCAUCGUUCUUACGGGUCACCCUGGACUUGACUGAUAGAGACAUUGCACCAGCAGUGUCUGACAGACACAUGCUGAUCUGCAGUGAUCGAGCAGCCUACAGCAGUGCCUCUCUCAAAGCACAGGGGCUGGCAGUGUUUCACACUGAUAGCCCUCCUUUCUCUCCUGCACAUUACCGUGUGUGCAGGUUUACAGUUCUCAAACUUGGUCAAUAUCUGUGGACAAAAGUGACCGAUCUUUGUGUGUUUGAACCCUGACCCAGGCCAUUCUUUUUGUUUUGUUUUUUAACAUGAACAGUGUGUUGUCCGUCCACCAGCAGCUUUAGGCGCAGCAGGUCCAGGGCCCCCCAGCCUGCCGGGGAAGCCCUGGUGUGUUCAGGUCUGAAGCAGCUUCCCAUCCGGGGAGCCAUUCUUGGUACAUUGCCUUUCUUCUCCCCUCCUGCCUAUGCCACUGGCCCCCUUCCCGGUGGCAUCUUCUCUGGGACACUCCCCCCCCCCCCCCAGUGCUUUGCUGAGCACAUAUCAUAUGAGAAGAAUUUAUUCAUUGCUUGAUUCUCACCGUGCUUGGUCUGAAUGCCGUUCCGGGCCCACCUUCUCUCCACUCCAGUUGGUACCAUGCUGUACAUCUCGUGUUGUGUCGUAGUUAGAGCUGUAUGUUGUGCUUGGAAGCAUUUGUGGUAAAGAAACUACACGAAUAAGAUUUGCAUAAUUUUGUAUAUUUAUACCACAGGUAGGGAUAAUUGCUAGAGCCACUGUAUCUUAGGGUAAUUGAUUUCCCUUUUGGCUUCUGCAUUCGUAGUAGUUCUAGGAGACUGCAUUAGUGAUUGGUUUCAAAUACAUAGAGAACAUAUUUAUACACACCACUGUGGAGUUUAUUUUACUGUGUAAAUAGUGGUGUUUUCCUGUUCAAAUGCUUCUAUACAAAGUAUUUAUUUUAACAAAAUUAGUUAACUGUCAAAAGGGCUUUCCCAGAACUGUUCUUGCUAUCUCUUCUCCCAGCUCCCGUGCUCAGCUACCAAACGCCUAAACAUCACAAUAAAGGCUGGAGGCGUAACCUCAAAACCCUUACUGUAUUUGGGUAGACACAACAUGGACUGGGAACCUUAAGGCUUCUCUGGAUGCUCCAUCCCAGACCAAAGCAGAGCUUGAAGGAGUGUGGCUUUGCUCAGCCCAGCAUCCGGGCAUCCCCCAUACCCACUUACCUAUGCACCAUUGAUAUAUUCAGCCACUCACUUCCAUGGCCUGUGCAGGGAAGUGACCUCAGUUGUAGUCUUGUGACAAGAAGCCUUAUGCCUGUGCAAUGAGGAGAAACCAUGGUGGUUGCCAAUAUGAGCUCGUCUGGCUCUCAGGAUUUAUGAGAGUCACCCUUUGACACACCCAGAAGAGGCACACAUGUCACCUUCUGCACGUUGACAAAUGUUAGGUACACCUUGGCUUUCCUCCUCUUUCUCAUCAAGCAUCUGUGCAGAUGUGGCCCCUCCCACCCAUCUGUAACCCAUGGUUCUAAAAUGCAAUCAGCUUUGCUUCUUGGGAGUCCUGGUCUGCGGUCCAGAGUACCCACAGUGUCAUAAACCAGUGCUCUGUGGUCACCCAUGUCCCUUUUCCCCUGUGCUUCAUCCAUGGCAUCCCAUCUGUCACUGUGUCACUCUGCUGGGAUGGCUGGCUUGGCCUACCUCUCCAGGGCUCCAGAGUACUUGGAGACCAGGUAUGUAGGGAUUGCUGUCAUCUAUUUGAACUGUAGUUUGCCUGUUUCCUUAUGGCCUCCCUUUGUCUUUUCUGAACAAGGGAUGCACUGGAACAGUAAUGCCGGAGAAUGUUUCUAAGAUGCUGUUUGUAAGCAGAUCUGAUUUUGAGAUGAAAUGUGAAUGGGUAACUGGGUGCCAGGGAAUUUAGCACUGAACUAGACGGUCAAAACCUUUUAACCUUUGCAGAAAGUAGACUCUGUUCUCAUCUAAAUGUUCACAAGACGUAAUGCUGUAAAUAGUUUUCUAAGAAAUAUUUAUUACAUGUUCUGUAUACAAAGUCGCAUUCUGAGUGAUGUUGGUGUGCAUUAUAUUGUAGAAGAUUAUAUUUUGAGUAGUGGACCUCUUUUACAACACAGUUCACUCAUGGAGAAAGAAACAAACCAGCAGGUUGAGAGCUGUCUGGGGCAUUUGACCUGUAAUGGACCAUCCAAUCCAAGCUUUAACCGCCCCCUCUUCUCCCCUGCUUGUGUUAUAUAUGUUAUAUAUACAGGUGUACAGUACAGGUCAGUGCUUGGGUCUGCAGAGCAGAUUCCCAGGUCUUCUUUCUGACGUGUUCCCAUAGCAAUAUGACCCCAGGUGCUGACCAGUCCUGUUGUCUCAGAGGAUCAGGUUGGGGGACAGCUCUUGUGAUGCCUCUUGCCUUUCCUAAGAGGCUGCUUUACUUGAAUUGAUGCUUCUGUUUCUUCUGCAUGCUCCCAUGUCACAAAACUAUAGCAGUGUGUGGGAACUCUCUCAGCACCAGACACAUCAAAGGUGACAUGCCAAUCAAAAGGUUAGCGAUUUCCCAGGAAUUUUACUUUCCAGGACAGAUGAGGCAAAGCUCAAUUGGCCAUAGAAUAAAUGUAAGGAAUUUUUAUCAGAGAACCAUGUGGCCUACUAUAUCCCCCCUCUCUGUCUGACUCACCUUUGGAAGCCAGCCCGUGUCCUGCCUUCUGCCUCUAUGCCUAGGCUCCAGAGGUCCAUGGCCCCUAGAGUCUGGCUAGGUUCUUAAUGUGCCCAACUCUGUUGAGCAGCCUUUCCUGUGACCGUCCUAAGCUUAACGAAAAGGAGUACCCCACACCCAGAUGCCCACUGUUAGAAGUGAUGUAGUUUUCUAGGCUUUUGGAAUAUGUCCCUUUUGUAUUUCUGAUGGUGUUUGGGGUUUUUCACUAUAGUGUUUUUUCACUAGUGUUUUUUUCACUAGUGUUUUUUAGAUUGAGGUGGGUGCGUGAAGGUAAACUUUCCACUGCUGAGCCCAAAAGCAUGCAGAGGAGAGAACUUGCCCUGCAUUGUGUUGUUGGGGAGGUGACUACUUACGGUGAGGGGGGGUGGGGGGAGGGGCUUGUAGAUGAUACGGGGUUGAAAUAGAAAUUCUGGCCAGAGGUUUCCUACGUCUUUGAUAUUUUGUAAUGAAAAUCUCCCACAUUAACCUUGCUUAAUCUCAAUGUAAGCCUGCUGUUUACCCUCAGGGAACAAGUGGUUUUCAAAAUUGAGCUCCUCCAAGGUCCUGGGCCAGUGCCUGUGUGCGCUGGUCAUCUCUGUGAUCUCAUGGCAUUAUUUUCCCAUAUGCAUUAUGAUAUUAAGAAGUUCAGCCCCACCCUGUAUGAAAAGCACAGCCCAGUGCCCUAAUUUAGGCUUGUGUGGUUGCCUUUGAGGGGCCUGGCAGGGGUCCUAGGAGGGCCAUGCAAUUUAACCGAAGCUCAGGUGUGCAUUGGAUUUUCUGUUAGGCCACAACCCUUCAGAGCGAGUUUAGGGCAGGGGCUGCGGAAGGUUUUACUGGUCCUUCCUGGUGUUGCCGCCGAGGUCAGUCUUGUAGGUGUUUGGAUGUGCUCCUUCUUGCUGUCUUGUGAGUCAUAGCCAGUGCUCCAGAUGCCCAAGGGGGAGGCCUCUGGAGGGUCCAGCCCUCCCUGACCUCAGCGCCUUUCAAACUAGUGCAGUGAGAAGACUCUACAAAUGGCACCCGGCAGGGCAGCUCGUGCCUCUUGGGCCUGGACUCCACUGUUAGUGAGUGUAGGAAAAUACUGUGUCUGUAAUGGAUGAAAUUCAAUGUAUGCUGUGAAUUUGUUGGUUUGAAACAUUGAAAAUUUUUCAUUAGACAAUGUUUACAUACCUCACCUGAAGAACCUUUGAGAGUGUAUAUAUGAAAAUUAAAAAUAUAUUAAGUUGCUUUAAAACAGUAUGUAUAGCUAUAAAAGUUGGAGUUAUUUUAACUUUGAGUAUGUACCAAGUCUCUUAAAUAUUGAAAUCUCGUAGACUUUCUGGCUUCUGUGUUUCGCUUUUCCUGUUGGACCACGUGGAUAACUGUGUUUUUGUUCUUGAUAAAAGGGGCCCCACACCGAAGUCCAGGCUUUGAAGGAUUCUCGUGGUAGUUAGGAUUUUCUGGUUUGGUUUGAGGAAAUGGGGUGUGGAGCUAGAGGGUGUGUGGGAGGGAUUUCUCUAACACUGACAUCUGUUCUGUGAGCUUUUUCAAGGCGCUUAUUUUAUUGCAGCAUAUUAAAGUUCUUUGAUAUUAAA